CUUACGCAAAACUGCACACUUUUUACGAAACUGAGGUCGAGGAGGUCAAUGACAAACUGCGUUGGCACGCUUGUUUCUGACGUCAUACUCAUUUAAUAUCACACAUCACAGAGCGCGGCUGCCACGCGUGUGCUUCCAUGUACGCAUUCCUGUGUUUGGCAUUGUAUGAAUUUGAAUAUUUUGAUUUUUGGACGUAGCAAUAUCGCGAUUUGCGUCACUUUUCAAAUAAACAGUAUAAUUAUCACAGGAUUUUUGACAUCGGGCAUUUCUUUGACCAGCCACUACUUUGUGCCUGCUUCGGUUAAAUCUGCACUUCUUCUUGCUACGAAAGCCGUUCAACACAUGCAUGGUGGUCGGUUAUUUUUUUCACGAUGUUGGCGGGCUUUCAAGUAAAGUGGCCCUUUCUCUUAAAUCGAUACUCGAUAAUUUCGACUACUUCGAAGUACAGAGGAAUGUCGCAGUCGUAGCAGCUUGUUUAGAUGGUUUUAGUGAUAUUUGCUCCAUUAUAUUUUAUAUAUUGCAAUGUAAUAUAAUAUCUAUUGAUCUUUAUAUUGCACAGUAUUGUGUUCGUUUGAAUAUUUUUCCUUCCUCGCAGCGAAAUGUCUUUGCAUCGUGAAAUCAAUGACACAAAUACUGUUUUACUUUUAAAUUAAUGCGACGCACGAAGAUUACACAAAACAACUUAUCUCUUUUGUUAAGCCAAGAAAUUGCACCAUGACCAUGCUUUACAUUAUAUAGAACACUACGCACGCACACACUCACCGAGAAAUUAUAUAUUUGAUUGACGUUAACUUUACUUUCACGUUAGCAUUUAAACAUUAGUGUACUGACAAACUGUUUUGUGAUAUAUUUUGCUUUGCCCUCGCUUGAGUUAUGACAUGAAAGGUGUUAAAUUUGAAAUAUAUGCUCUAGUCCAACUAUUAUACUAUGAAUAGUCUUUGAAAUAGACUGUCUUUGUAUGCUAUGUACUUGCGUUAGACAUUAAUAUCAUAAUUUCUGAGCAACGACAAAUUUAAAAAACAUUUAAUAACAGCGACGAUUUUUUAAUAGCAAAAAUCUUUCGACAUUUACAAAAUGCCAUCUUCAGUGCAAUAUACAUUAUAAAAAAGAUAACUAUAUAUAAAGCCUGCUGAUGUUAUAUAUAUAAAAAUUUGAAAUAUGGGGUACUUCUAAUGUAUAUUACCACUACUUAGAUUACCACUACUUAGAAUGUUGACCAAGGGUAUACUGCGACCUGCCAGCCCUCUCUCCAACACACAGCUGAAUGCAUUUUAAAAAUAUUCAAUGUUUUAGAUUUUCCGGUGUCAUAAGAUGUGCUUUUUCACAAAACAGAAGCUAUUUUGAGAACACAAAGUAAUUUGCUUGAGAGUAAACAGAGGAUGUAAAGACUAUAAAGCUGUAGCAUGUCUUUCAGUAAACUACCAAAAAGAAUUCACAUCACAAUUUAAUUCACAUCAUAAUUACGAUUAUUUUAUUGAGUGCUAGUUGAUGAAGGUCUGUCUGAAGUGUAUAACAUGAUCACAUUUACAAAAUCUGGUCAAAGCUGCUGAGUUUUGUUCAUAUGGAAGUCUUUGAAUCAACUAGUCAGUAAAUCAUAAAGAAAAGAGUUACAGCAUGUAGGAUAUUUGUCAUGAAAGCAUGAAUGAAAAUUUCACUUAGAUUCAGUUGAAAAAUUCUUGGUUUUAGCAACAAUUCUGAUUUAGAAAAAGCAGAUAUAAGAUAGCCUAAAUUUGCUGUUUUAUUUUCAGGUUGAGUAUUAUCCAAUAACACCCCCUUAUCACUUGCACUCUGGGUUUGAAUGAUAAUCUCAUUAGCAACAAAUGUACUUUUAAUGGAUGGUUGAGUAUCAGAGGAUUAAUCAUGACUUCCCUUUGUUAAAAUCUAGUUUAUUUGUUGCCAUCCAUGACUCAUUUGCAGUUUUAUAACCUUCACUCUUUGUAUUUCGAGGCAUGGUGUUAGUUUUGCUUGUAACAAAUUAUUUGUAAUAUAUAUUUAAAGUAAAUUAUUCCCUACUUGCUCCCCAUUCCUCAUAAAUCUGUUAAAACUUCAAUGAAGUUUUGAUAAAAAUAUCUUCUAAAUUGAAUCAGGAAAUGCUAAAUAUGAAUAUUGAUUUCAAGAAUCCCCAGGGCUGGUUAUAGCAUCAAACAGAUAUAUAUUAAAGUAUUAAUGGAAAUGACAUCUGCAAAGGAUUUUAUUGCAUAUGAACGGUGUCCACCAUUUUGUGAGAAUAACUGCCCCAAUGCUGGAGAUCAUCACAGACUUCUGGUUGCGAUCUUGAAUAGUCAUAAUGACCAUGGCUUCAAAAAGUUUUGUAAAAGAGCUCAACAAUACCUGAAAGAAGGUUGGAAGGUUGAUGAUCCAAUAGAAGAUAUCAAUUGUGAGUACCGGUACCCUCUCAUUCACUGGGCAACGGUCCUUGGUAAAACCAAGGUACUCAAAUGGUGCGUGAGGAAUGGAGUGGACCUAAUGAAGAAACAUGGACGAAGAAGUGAAACAGCAUUGCAUCGUUUGAUGAUUUGCGGGUAUACCCCAUUGAGGGAAAAAUGUCACGACAUCCCUAAGAGAUUCAAGAAAAUAGUAAACAUUUUGAAAGACCUUUUGUCGGUGAAAAAUGACAACCGAGACUUGCCCAUUCAUGUUGCUGCCAAGGUCUUGGUGGAGAGACCAUUGGUGAAUGACCCACUUUUCAAAAUGACAUACACUGAGAUGUUGAAGAUACUUGUGGACAUGACUGCAGAUGUCGACCAAGAGUUGUUGAACUAUCGUAAUGUCGAUGGUGAUACCAUCAUGCAUAUUUUGGCAAAGCACGACAGAGGUGCUGAGAUAAUUGACGUUCUUGGGCAGAUGGAUGCGGACUUUACUUUGAUCAAUGCCGAAGGACAAAAACCAAUCGACAUAGCGAGAGAAGCGGAUGCAGCAGAUGUUCUUGAGCUAUUGACGGACGAGGAAGAACAUGCCGAUGACAUCGGAGAUGUUGACCUUAUUUCUAUAUCAAGUAAUGAAGACGAUGAUAAAAAGGACUACGACUCAAUAAAGAAUCUUAUGCAAAGAGCAAAAAUUGAAUCCAAUAUCGACACUAUUUUUUUAUUAGAGGAAGAAGUCUUGACCGACUCCAAUUGCAACGUUGAAAAAACAAACCAGGACGUGUCUGAUGACAGUUUGUUUUCGAUGACGGAUGAUCACAAUAGAGUGGAUAUGAUGUUAACCCCUUCCCUUAAAACGACUUCGCCAGCAAUAAAUGAAAAAUCGUGCGAAGGAAAGACGGAGGCGCAGAUGAAUUCGGAGUCGAAACGAAAGUCUUCAACAGAUGAAGGGACUUGCAAAAAGAAAGUCAAAUUUUUCACGGAUGAAGGAAAAGAAAGAAAAAUCUAUCCUAAACUUGAAAUUCCGUUGAAUAUUACGAAAUGUACGUCCGUUAAAAACCAAGCGAGGAAGAGUUCCGCCACGGUAAAAAUUGCUCCUGUAGUUUCUGGUGCAAUUUCAAAUUCCUCCUGCAAUGACACCUCGCUAAUUUCAUCAUCAAGAACUUUGACGACAAACUCAUCAGUGCUUGAUAAAGAAACGUCGAGUGAAAAUGCAUCUUUUUCAAGAAUGUAUGAUGAGGGAACGAGUAGUUCGCCUGGUAAACUUUCCAAAUUCACAUCACAAUCGUGUGAUGAACGGUCUGUAACAAUACACGAAAGAAAGCACGAGGAUCUCUUGCAAUCGAAGCAAAUGAACUUGACGGUUGUUAUUGAAAAGGCAUCCACCACCUCACCAUCAAAGUUUGCAUCUGGAAAACACAAUUCACUCGAGAGAAAGACAAUCGGCGACUCGGACAAGGAAGAUUUAAUUACUGUGAAGAAAGAAACAGAGCUAGCAGUUACUACUCCCUCGAAUAAUGAAUCAUCUUUAUUGGCCAUGGAAGAAGGCGAAUAUAUCCCCCCCCCUGGUUCAUUUUCAUCAGUCGAGAAUUCGAGCUUGGAUCGCUCGGAAACACAAAGAUCCAACAAAAAACUUGAAAAUGUCGUUGCAAACCUUCGAAGAAGAGCGGAAAAAGCAAAUCGGACUUCAGACCCCUCUGAUUGUUUAUCCAGCUUGGAUUCAGCUGCUCGUGACGAGGAAGAUAAAUCGGCCGCAUCAGCUGUAGGAGUCAACGAUUGUUUACCAGAAGUAAGUUUGACAGGAAAGAGUUCUUGUACCUCAAAGAUUUUCCAGUGCAGUAAUAAUCAGUGUACUGAUGGUAAGACAAUAGACGAUGAUAAUCGGCAAUCCAGGCCGACGGCGACAAGAACAACAACAAACUCAAACGUUCAGGAAAUGUCUUUAGUAGAUGAAGGAGAUAAUCCAAGAAGGUCAAAUGAGCAUGAAAGAAGCGAUCAAGAGAAACCUUCGAACGUCGAUGCAAACAUGUUGUCUACACCUUCAGCAAGCACGGACAAAACUACGGAACUCUUGACGAAGGAAACAAAUCGUGUUAUUGCUGAUGACAACGAACACGUUCAAUUUAGUGAAGAGUUUCUGGACACGUGUCCACGAAACACUUCGACAACAAACUUGAACGCUAGAGAAAUGUUUUCAAGGAAAUUCAGCGAAGAAUUUCUGGACACUUGUCCAAGAAACACAACGGCGACGAACUCAAACGUUCAGGAAAUCUCUUUAAUAGAGGAAAAAGGUGAUUCGUGUAUUUCAAAUAAGCCUGAUUACAAGGACUCUUCCGACGGCAAUGUGAAUACGUUAUUUUCACCGUCAGUAAACCAAAACAAAAAGUCUGAACUCUUAAAAAAGCAAAGAAGUUGUGGUAUCGAUUAUGACAAUGAAAGUGUUGUAAUUAGUGAAGUAUUUCCUAACACUUGUCCAAGAAGCACUUCCUUAACGAACUUAAACGUUCGGGAAGUGUCUUUAGUCGACGAAAGGGAUGACCCAAGUACGUCACGUGGACACGAAGAAACUAUGUACAAAAAUACUUCGAACGUCAGUGUAAACAAUUCGUCGUCGCCGCUAGUAAGUUUACGCAAAGCUGCUGAAAUCUUAAUAAAACAAACAAGUCUUAGGGAUGACAAUGUAAGCGCUCCACUUAAUUGUGAAUUUCCGGGUACUCUCCGUGAAAACAUAGUUAGGUCAUCCUCCUCUUUGUUUGAACCAAGUCGUGCUAUUCCUGCUGUUGAAGAUGGGAAUAAGAAGUCCACUAUGCCUGGAACAGUCUUGUCAACCUUACUUAAAUCUGAGCGUCGCGAAGUUUCGAUUCCAACGACGAAACUCUCUCACAUAGCUGUAUUAGAGAAGUCAUUCUACGCUCCAUGUGACGGUAGCAAUAACACUGUUGAUUCCCAAGGACAAAAGAGGAUUUUUAAUGUACCACAAUAUGGCGUUGGCAAAGAGUUUCAAGAAAGAAUUUCUAGUUCCGUACCACUGCCAAGAAACAUUGCAUCUAGCUUGUCUGCAACAUCAACCGACCCAAGUAAUAUUACCAACAAUCAUUUACCUAUCCCAUCAAAUGCUGCCUUCACGACUUCCGUCUUUAACGAACAGAUCCGUGCUGUCUUGUCUACCGCUCCGUCUCAGUUAAAACAUUUCUCUAACAGUGUGUCAUCGUCGCAAACAUCAGUUGUCCAAAGUCUUCCUAAUUUAUCCACUCGUCCCAUUAUAAACACCAACAUAGGAAAUCAUCCAAUAGUUAUCGGACCUUACGGACAAUAUGUUCAGUUUUUGGUAGGCCACCAACUUGGGAAUAAUUCACCCCAGAUCGUGUCACCUAAUGUGGGCACCAGAUAUGCGCAACAAGCAACUGUUGACGUAAAUCGAGCGGACAUUUCCGCAAACCAAGGAUUAAUUUCUGCGAGCGUUACAGGCCGUACUUUCGCUCCAUUAAGGUUUGUUGCUCAACCUUCUAAAAACACUGUACAAACGUGUACUUCAACUGGAAUUGAUAGAAGUUUCAAGCAAAACUUGACGACCGUACCCACCUCGUCCUCGCACCUAUCGCCAUGGCGUUCCUAUAAAUGUAAAGAUGUGCCUGCAAAUGUUCUGCAUGCCAGACAGCUUCAGCAUUUGUUGGUUGGAACUUCAUCGACUGCUCAAAGUAUUACCACAAGGCCAAUGUUUACGACCAAAAGUUGUUCUCCGACUGUAAACUCAACCGUAUCGUUCACUCGUGUUCCACUGCCAUCCUUAUUUCAGCAGUUUGACCCAAAAUUUACUCAGCCAAGGGCUCCAGUUCAGGCAGCACCUAACAUAUCGAGCUUGCAGUCACAGAUUUAUCGGCAACCCGCGCCUGUAAGAACCGCUGAAACUAUGGUAGCUGUGAACACCUUUCCGCAUCGACAAGACAGGGCUAGUCACACUGUCUUCAAUGUUUCACCGGCCACGUUAUCUGCAGUAUCAUCGAAUACGACUCGAGCACGCGUCCCACGUUUACCGGUACUCAGGCCCGAUGCCAUGACGCAAAGAAAUAACAAUGAUUACCUUUUAUUCAAACCGACCUAUCAAUCGAGUGAGCAUCACGUUCCCAUCUCAGAGAGAAGAGCUUUCAAUGAGAACGUUGUGAUUAUAGAUGAAGCCUUGCGUUCAACUCAUUUACCUCAAACAAAGAUAAGCGUCACACCCACCUAUGGCCAAUCGCAGAUAACGAUCCAUCAACAUCAAGAAUUUAACGCGCAUGCACAAGUUCCGGCACAAGAGGCGAACACCGCUCACUACAACAAAUCUGAGAACAAGAACUCUGGCCCACGUGAUCUUUCGAAAACAGAUAAUGUUGAAGAUUUGUUCAAUUAUAUUUUAGGCGAGAAAAAUUUUGCGGAAUUGAGGCUUGGUGCGGAACAGAACACUCUUAUACAAUUUUUACUGAAAGAAAAGAAGGAAAAAACCGAUGCUGUUCGCCAGUUAACAAACAAAAUGCAAGCUGCUGAGAAGACGGAGAGCGAGACGCGUUCAGAGUUUGAAGUCUUACAAAAAAAGACGGAGCAUGCCAUAGAUUUGUUAAAGGAGCACCACAAAAACGAAUUUACGAGACUGCAAACAGAACUAAAGACUACCUUAAAGAGUAAAGAGUCGUGUCAAAAGGAAAUUGAUGAAAAAAAUGAAAAGAUUGCGCGCAUCAACGACGUACUAACGCAAAUUGGUAGGCUACCGAGGAUGACCAAUAGAUUUAGUUAAUACGAGCCUUAUGUGUCCAAAUGCGUGAUACAGUUAUUGAAUUUAUUUAACUUUUUUAUCAUUGAAAACUCGAAA